AUGGAUAAUAUUUCAACGAAGAAAAAACGUAAAGGCGGCCAAGCAAGAGAAAAAGAAAAGAAUAAAAAACUAUUGUCUUUAAUUGGUCAAAAGUGUGAAAAAAUUAAUUCAUAUUUUAAAGGUGCUGACCACGAAAACACUUCAAUACUGCAAAAUGUUGAACAUGAACAAGAAAUUGAUUUCAAACCUAGUACUUUUAGCAGUAACAGCAAUACAAGUCUAGAUUUAGAUGUCAAUGUCCAAGAUAAAGGUGCUGACCACAAUAAUACCUCAAUAUUGGAGAAAGAUGAACAUGAACAAGAAAUUAAUUCCAAACCUAGUACUUUUAGCAGUAACUGCAAUACAAGUCUAGAUUUAGAUGUCAUUGUCCAAGAUAAAGGUUUGAACAACGAAAUUGAACCAAGUUCUACACUAUGUGUUAUAAACAAAAAUAAUAAUGAUAUUGGAAUUGGAAUUCAAUUUGAAGAACAAGGAUUUAAGAAUUUUAAAAAACCAAUUCCACUACACAUUAAUCAUUUUUUUAGUGUACAUCCUAUUCAACCUUCAGACAAUGCAACUAUUCUUCCAUUUGAUUCUAAAAAAGUUUUUUUUAAAAAUAAUAAUAUGAAUAGGAUUUGGUGUACUUAUGAUGUUCAAGAAAAUAAAUUAUACUGUUCAGUUUGUUUGGCAUUCACUACUGAAAUGAAUACAUUUACUAGAGGUUUAAAUGAUUGGAGACAUGUACAUCAACGUAUAAAAGAACAUGAAAACAGUAAAAAUCAUAAUUUUUGUUCAGAAGCUUACUUUUUACAUUUUCAAAAAAAAGAUAUUGGAAACUUAUUGUUCGUCAAUCAAAAUCGUUUACAAAGAGAAGAAGUAAAAAAAUGUCGUCAAGUACUUGACCGCAUUAUAAAUGUAAUAAAAUUAAUCGGAAAAUGUGGUCUUAGUAUAAGAGGGAAAAGAAAUGAAGCUGCUUAUCUGCUGAAUAACGAGUCUGUGGAUCAUGGUAAUUUUCUUGAACUCAUAAUUUUGCUCAGCAAAUAUGAUGUUGUCUUAAAUGAACAUUUAAAUUCAGUUAUAAAGAAAAGUGAAAAACAACAUAAUUGUAAUUCCAAAGGUCGUGGUAAUUUAGAUAUAUCAGUCAUGGAUCAAUGUUCCAUCUUUAUAAGAUAUGUAGUAGAUGGAAUGAUACAUGAAAGGUUAAUAUCUGUUAAAUCAUGCACUGAUUCAACUGGUAAAGGUAUGAUGAACCUUUUAAAGAAGGCAGUGGAUACGGUUGGCUUAGAUAUUACACAUUGCAUUGGAAACGCAACAGAUGGUGCUGCUAACAUGAGAGGUGCAUACAAUGGAUUUACUUCUUGGCUUAGUGAAGAAGCACCAGGUCAAGUACAUGUUUGGUGCUACAGUCAUGAAUCUUAUCAAAGAAUGAAUUUAUGGAAAGAACUUAGUGAAAAAGAUAAUAUUCACAAACGAUUACAAGCAAUAUGUGAAACAAGGUGGACAGCUAAAGAAACAGCGAUCAAGAGAUUAUUUGGUACAUAUAAUAGUUUGGAUGAUAAUGGUAUGUUGAGUGACCUAUUACUUGUUUUAACGAAAAUUGUACAAAAUCCAAAUUUAAAUCCAGAUGUGAGGUCAAAAGCAACAAAUGGUUACAAGUGCUUUAGAAAAUCUUAA